AUUUAAGGCAAUUCGCUCUAGCUUAGCUAUGUGGCAUUAGUUUGCUCUGAUAAAUAACUAGCUGGCGCUCUUUCUGUGUGGUGAGCAUUAAAGUAUUCCAUCUUGGAACUUGCACUCCUUAAGGCCUUUCUAUAGUCUGAUGUUUUUAUGUACUUCCUCCACAUAGAUGACUUCCUCUCCAGAUUUCCUCCUAAAACUUAGUCAAAGUUUGGACCUGGAGGUUAUAAUUACUACUAUUCUGUUAAUUUAGUUUGUGCUCUGUGACUUUAAUGUCCUGGACAGUGCAUGCUCACUCAUAACAUCUGCUUUAAAGUUAUACAAAAAUAUUUGUGUUAGGGCUUUCUUUAUGCUUUUACAGGAUUCAAUAGCUACUGAAGUUUAAUUGGCUAUUAAAGCAUCAUUGUUAAAUGUAAUGCAUUCUUAUCCUUCUGCAAGGGUUCACUCGUCAGGUUCCCAUGGUUAAAUGGAGUCUAUCAAGCUGUGUGGGAAUCCCAUGGCUGCAGAUGCAGAGAACCAUGGCUCUCACCUCAUCUUUACACGGGUCACUCUUUGGACUGGCGCUUUUGUGAACACAGGCUCUAUCAAGCUGAUGUAUAUGGUCAUCUUCCAUUUGAGUUCUAGUAGUGAUGAAUACCCGCCACUCUGCUGUGCUUGUCACACGUUUGGCACGCAUUUCGGUGGAGGAAGACUGCGAAGGAGCAACGCUAGGUCACUGAUAUUGCUAGGGGCAAAAUGCUGUUGCGUGUUCAAUUCGGAGAAGAGCAGAAAUACGUCAAGCUGUCUGAGCUGACAUUCAAUGCUUUCUUGAAAGAAGGUGCCUCUCAAUCAUCAUCAUGCUCGGGUACAUCUGAUGACACCGUCAUCCUGAAUUUCACGAUGUGUGACCCUGUUGAAGAAGAAGCCGCGGCCGAAGGAAGCCAGCCUAAAAGGCCAUGCCACAUAAACUACAAGGCAAAAGCGUUGAUUGAAAAAAUCUUAACAUCAAAGCCUGGUGGUGAAUGCAUUAUGCAAGAGUAUGGAAAAACCAAAUCCCUUACAGAUGCCACCAGAAGACAGAUGAUUAACAUACUUGCUGCUGAGAUGACAGAAACACAUGGGACACCCCCCCCCCCCACCAAAAGGUCAGAGUGAUGUAUGCACAGGGGAUAGUAGCUUUGUUUCCCUAUCUAGAAGACCCAUACUCACAACAUGGAUAUGAACAUUACUACGAUCCAGAGAGUGGUUCAGGAUACCUUGCAUGGCGAUUGAAGACCAUACAAAGAAAAACAGCAGAGGAAAGAGGUGCCUCAGUUAGCAAAUCUCCUAAAGUUGGUGGGCCAGGUCGUGUUCGUCAGCCCUUCACCUUUGACAGAGAGUCAUCUGAUGAGGAUGUGGAAGCAGCUAUUGCUGUUUUGAGACACUCUGCUGAUGAAAAGACUGUCCGUGAGAAGAUGAAAAUGACCUUCAUAUAUCGGCAAGCAAUGGUCAACGAUGAAGCCAAUUCAACAGAUGUCUUCUUGGUCUUUCCACGAUUUCUGGACACACCAGGACUGAUAGAACAAGAUUUCAGAUUUCUGUUUGGUGAGGCCACGGCCAACAAAUUCUUGGAGAAGUGGCCAACCACUUUUAAAGCAAAAGUAAUAAAGGAAUGCCGUGGACUUGUACCCACCACAGAACUCUUGGAUUUGAUGCGCAAUGCUGAGUCAGCUGCUGAAGUUGAGAAUGGCUGGGACAGUGACAUGUCUGCCAUCUUGCUGCUGCUACAUCUGCUACCACCAUCUGCACAAGGUAGAAAGAGGCCGGGAAAGCUUUCUGCGUAUCAAGCUGCAGAUCAGCUCAUCAGAUUUCAAAAGGUUGGAACCAGUGUGCAGCAGCAUCUAGACAACAUCACCCAAAGCAGUCAGCCCUACCUUCUCGCCCAGGGAUCCACACAGAGCACCAUUCACUCCUACUUUAUUGUGGUUGACAAGCAUGCACUUCCAUGCAAGGCAACAGGUUCAGUUGGAGCUUUUGACAAACUCUUUAAAGCCCAUUACGUCUUUGGUACGUCAUACAGUUCUUCCCUGAGCAGCUUUUUCACUUUUGUGCAAACAACCAUCUAUAACAUCGACAUGGGGGAAACAAAGGAGACUCCUAGAGUUGCAGAGUUGCGGGCAAGAAUGGUGCGUUAGUUGAGAUAAAACUAUGAAGUGUUUUCUUUGCAAAAGUGACCAUGGAAGUCCAAACAACCUUGUUAAGCACUUUAAGGUAAUUCAUGGGCUAUGUACAGGCAGGACUCUUUUUCUGAAGUGUGGUCAAGAAGGAUGCUCACGUUCUUUUGGUAGUUUUUCUGGUUUAAGAAAGCAUCUUAAUAAGUGCCAUGGAAGCAGUUUAGUUGAUUCUGUAGAAUAUGAUCUUUCAUAUCCUCAAAGUACCGUCAAUACAAGUAAUGUUUCUCAUGUUGAAGAGUUGACUGAACAUUUAGAGGCUGAGUCACAGUUGUCUUCGCCAUACAUUGUAAAUAGUUGUUCAGCUGUAAUUUCUGAUCUAAAGGCAGCAGGUGUUGGUCAAAGUACACUGAAUUCUGUAGUGAUUUCCAUGGAAGAGAUUGUUCAAGAUAUCCAUCAGCAUGCUAAAGAGACAGUGAUAAAGCAUGUAUUUAGUAAUGAAAGAGAAACGGAAAUCUGCAAGAAAGUUGAGGCGUGUUUUGAGGGGUUAGAGAAUCCUUUCACAAUUCUAAAUUCGGAAUACAAGCGAUCAAAAUUUAUGACUGACAAGUGGGAAAUAGUAGAACCAGUUGAAUGUGUGAUUGGUUCAAGAUUUGACACAAGACGAAAUAAAAAGACUGGAACAUAUGAUCAGGUAGUAGUUCAAGAUAAAUACAUGUAUAUUCCAAUUUUAUCUACACUGCAGUCAAUAUUUAAAAGUCAGUAUGUUGCAGAAAUGUUGCAAAGCUCAGCUACCAGCGACUCUAGACUGAGAGAUAUUUGUGAUGGAUCUUUUUUUAAAAGUCACCCCCUGUUCUCAACUGAGAAGCAGACAAUACAGAUCCAGAUGUUCUAUGAUGACUUUGAGGUCGCCAACCCUCUGAGUCCUAAGCGAGGUAUUCAUAAAUUGGGUGGAGUAUAUCUUACUUUAAGAAACUUCUCUCCAAAAUGGAAUUCUUUCUUGGCUAACAUACACCUGUGCGCCUUAUUUCACACUCAAGAUGUUAAACGGUAUGGUUUUAGUGAAAUUUUUGCUCCCAUUGUUCGAGACAUUAAAGUG